UCUCUCCGGCGAUAAACUCUCCUCAAAGCUCUCAACUUUCUCUUCCGAUCCAACGAGAAUGGAGGAACCCACGUCGUCGUCGGAAGAAUGCGGAAUCACCAUCAUAGCCAAACCCCGCAAAAAAACCCCCAAAACCAUUCCCCAAACCCAACCUCCAAAACUCGAUCCCACUCCCCAAUUCGAGAAAUUCACAAGCACCGACUCCACCACAUCCGCAGCGAACUUCGAAUCCCUCGGACUCUCCGAGUGGGCCUCCGAGACCUGCAAGGAGCUCGGCAUGCGCAAACCCACUCCGGUCCAGACCCACUGCAUCCCCAAGAUACUAGCCGGACGAGACGUCUUGGGGCUAGCUCAAACCGGUAGCGGCAAAACGGCGGCGUUUGCGUUGCCGAUACUCAACCGCCUCGCCGAGGAUCCUUACGGAGUGUUCGCCCUUGUGGUGACGCCUACACGAGAGCUGGCGUUCCAGCUCGCUGAGCAGUUUAAGGCCUUGGGGUCGUGUUUGAAUCUGCGGUGCUCUGUGGUCGUGGGAGGGAUGGAUAUGCUGACGCAGACGAGGAGCUUGAUCUCGCGGCCUCAUGUUGUGAUUACUACUCCUGGGAGGAUUAAGGUUUUGCUCGAGAACAAUCCUGAUGUUCCUCCUGUCUUCUCUAGAACCAAGUUCUUGGUGCUGGAUGAGGCGGAUAGAGUUCUUGAUGUUGGUUUCCAAGACGAGUUGCGCACCAUCUUUAACUGCUUGCCCAAAACUAGACAGACGUUGCUGUUCUCCGCUACGAUGACGAGUAACUUGCAGACUUUGCUUGAGCAUUCUUCAAACAAAGCUUAUUUCUAUGAAGCCUACGAAGGUUUAAAGACCGUUGAUACGCUUAAGCAGCAGUACAUUUUCAUAGACAAAGAUGCGAAAGAGCUGUAUCUUGUCCACAUCUUGUCGCAGAUGGAAGAUAAGGAGAUUCGAUCAGCCAUGAUUUUUGUCUCCACUUGCAGAACAUGUCAAAGGCUGAGUCUUAUGCUUGAAGAGCUGGAAGUGGAGAAUGCAGCUUUGCAUUCACUGAACUCUCAGUCUUUGCGACUCUCUGCGCUCAGUAAAUUCAAGUCCGGGAAAGUACCGAUACUGCUUGCUACUGAUGUAGCCAGCCGUGGAUUGGAUAUUCCUACUGUUGACCUUGUAAUCAAUUAUGACAUUCCAAGAUAUCCUAGGGACUAUGUUCAUCGUGUUGGACGUACAGCUAGAGCUGGUAGAGGAGGACUGGCUGUAAGCAUUAUCACUGAGACCGAUGUGAACCUUAUUCAUGAAAUAGAAGCGGAAGUUGGAAAACAGAUGGAACUGUACAACUACAGAGAGAUCACUGACAGUUUAGAAGUCACAAAGGUAUCAAAAGCUAAAAGGGUGGCGAUGAUGAAGAUGCUAGACGAUGGAUUCGAAGACAAGGUCAAAGACCGGAGGAAACUGAAACGUAAAACACUUGCGGAUAAAGGGAUGCUUAAGAAACGGAGCAAAACGAGAAAAUCUGCAGAAGAAAACUGAUGACUAAAAAAUCAUCAUCAAAUUUUGUUCUCUUAAGUUCAUUUUGAUCAUCAAAUCUCUGAGAAUCAAUGUCUAUUAAUGUUCUUACUUUUAGUAUUUGAAUCUUGAUUGUCUGCAUUUUCAAAUCUUCUGAAGAUAAACACUUACGUAUCAGUCGCAAGUUUUUUUCCAAAUUAGUAGAAACAAUACCAUGAAAUUUCUAAU